AUGGCAGCUGUCGCCUGGGAAUGGCAGCUGUCGCCUGGGAAUGGCAGCUGUCGCCUGGGAAUGGCAGCUGUCGCCUGGGAAUGGCAGCUGUCGCCUGGGAAUGAAGCGCAAGGUCCGCGCAUGGAGGGGAGACGUCGCUGGCGCAUCAGAAGUCGCACAGGCAGGCACUGGCCAACGCACCUACGGCGAGGGGUGCGGGAGAGUGAGUGGAGGGGAGAAAGGGAGGGGAGGAGGGGUGUGAGGAGGUUGGAUGGGGGGGGCGGCUGCUGCUAUUCCUGUGCUGCACUCCUGCCGUUUCAGGUGAGCGUGGGGGAAGAGGGGGAGUAUGGGGACGGGGAAAAAGGGGAAGGGGCGGAGUCUUGUCUUGAGAGUGGCUUACUUGACUCACAAGCACCUGCUUGCCUGUAUGCACUCCUCCCUCUCAUGCCACCUUUCUUCUUCCUGUGCCCUCCCCCUCCCUUCCAUGCCCUCCCCCUCCCUUCCAUGCCCUCCCCUCCCUUCCAUGCCCUCCCCCUCCCUUCCAUGCCCUCCCCUCCCUUCCAUGCCCUCCCCCUCCCUUCCAUGCCCUCCCCUCCCUUCCAUGCCCUCCCCCUCCCUUCCAUGCCCUCCCCCUCCCUUCCAUGCCCUCCCCUCCCUUCCAUGCCCUCCCCCUCCCUUCCAUGCCCUCCCCCUCCCUUCCAUGCCCUCCCCCUCCCUUCCAUGCCCUCCCCCUCCCUUCCAUGCCCUCCCCUCCCUUCCAUGCCCUCCCCCUCCCUUCCAUGCCCUCCCCCUCCCUUCCAUGCCCUCCCCCUCCCUUCCAUGCCCUCCCCCUCCCUUCCAUGCCCUCCCCUCCCUUCCAUGCCCUCCCCCUCCCUUCCAUGCCCUCCCCUCCCUUCCAUGCCCUCCCCCUCCCUUCGAAGCCCUCCCCCUCCCUUCCAUGCCCUCCCCUCCCUUCCAUGCCCUCCCCCUCCCUUCCAUGCCCUCCCCUCCCUUCCAUGCCCUCCCCCUCCCUUCCAUGCCCUCCCCCUCCCUUCCAUGCCCUCCCCUCCCUUCCAUGCCCUCCCCCUCCCUUCCAUGCCCUCCCCUCCCUUCCAUGCCCUCCCCCUCCCUUCCAUGCCCUCCCCCUCCCUUCCAUGCCCUCCCCUCCCUUCCAUGCCCUCCCCCUCCCUUCCAUGCCCUCCCCUCCCUUCCAUGCUCUCCCCCUCCCUUCCAUGCCCUCCCCCUCCCUUCCAUGCCCUCCCCUCCCUUCCAUGCUCUCCCCCUCCCUUCCAUGCCCUCCCCCUCCCUUCCAUGCCCUCCCCUCCCUUCCAUGCCCUCCCCCUCCCUUCCAUGCCCUCCCCCUCCCUUCCAUGCCCUCCCCCUCCCUUCCAUGCCCUCCCCCUCCCUUCCAUGCCCUCCCCUCCCUUCCAUGCCCUCCCCCUCCCUUCCAUGCCCUCCCCUCCCUUCCAAGCCCUCCCCCUCCCUUCCAUGCCCUCCCCCUCCCUUCCAUGCCCUCCCCUCCCUUCCAUGCCCUCCCCUCCCUUCCAUGCUCUCCCCCUCCCUUCCAUGUGCUCCCCCUCCCUUCCAUGCGCUCCCCCUCCCUUCCAUGCCCUCCCCUCCCUUCCAUGCGCUCCCCCUCCCUUCCAUGCCCUCCCCCUCCCUUGCGUGCUCUCCCCCUCCCAUCCGUUCCCACCUCCCUUGUGUGCCCCCACCUCCCCCUCACGCGCCCAUGCACCCAAUCGCCCACAACAGGGUUGCCAUGCAUCGUGCAAGGCUGCCAGCCGGCUGGUCGCGUCAGGGAAUCGAGGCGAGCGGAGAAUGUGUGGCGCCUGGGCACUCAUGGAAGCUCAUAGUAUCCCUUUCCUACCGCGCCCUGCACCCAAUCGCCCUCCCCUGGCAGUGCUGGCACGCAUUGUGCGAGGCUGGCAGACGGCUAUGCUGGCACAGGUGGUGCGAGGGUGGCAGCCGGCUAGGCGCUUCAGGGAAUGGAGGCGAGCGGAGAAUGUGUGCCGCCUGGGGGACCCGGUGGUAGCUUGCUCCGAGGAUGAACUGCUGGUGGGCCUAAAGCUGUCUCAAGCCGGCAUCAGGGGAAAUCUCUCUGAUCAGCUUGGCAAGCUCACCGCCCUCACCUCCCUGCAGCUGGACGGAAAUCAGCUCAACGGCUCUCUGCCCUGGUCCCUGGGGGACCUAACCAACCUGCAAAUCCUCAAUCUGGGCGGGAAUCAGUUCGAAGGCAUGGUACCAGCAUCCAUCACGAAACUCAAGCACCUUCACACCCUUCGACUGGAGCGCAACGGAUUCUCCAACUCUCUGCCUGCCAACUUCUCAGCGCUCACCAAACUCAGCCUCUUUUUCGCCAACAACAAUUCCUUCUCGGGCCCUCUGCCGUCCUUCUUUGGCAGCAUGACCAAGCUACAGGAGCUAAAGCUCUACUCCAACCCCAUGGGAGGGUCGCUGCCGGAGUCCUUCUCGCAGCUCAAGAACCUCACCCACCUCCAUCUAACGGACAUGGGUCUGUCAGGCUCCAUCCCUGACUCGUGGGGCCACAUGACGAGCCUUCAGUACUUCCAUUUGAGUCGCAACAAUGUCUCGGGCACACUUCCAAUCUCGCUGGGGGAACUCACCAAUCUUGUUGAAUUGUCUGUCGGCCACAAUCCGCUGCUGGAGGGCAAGCUGCCGCCCUGCUGGGCCACCGUUCAGUCCCUCGGCACUCUCACGCUCACUAACACCAAGCUGCACUGCCCCACGCACCCUGUCGACUCCUGCUGUCCCGGCACCCUUCAGACGGACCUGCCCUACUGCUCCCUCCUCUGCCAAGACUUCUGCAAGGCCUGCCAGCCACCAGUGCUAUCGACAUCAGGCAUAGCAGGCCUUGUGGUGGGGAGUGUGGUGAUUGUGCUGGUCGUGCUGCUCGUAUCGCUCUACGUGUGGUACUACUACUGGGGACCCGGCAGCCGCAAGGCGUGGGAGAGGGAUCUACAGCAGGGCUUCAGGAGGUAUACGUGGAGGGAGGUGAUGGAGGCGACCAACCAGCUGAGCCCCGACAACCUUCUGGGCAAGGGCGGCUUCGGCUCCGUCUACUGGGGCGUCAUUGGCGGCUCGCAGCAGAGCGGGUGGAGCUCGCGGGUGUGGAAGCGGGCUGAUGCCAGCAGCAGAACAAAAAGCAGUUUCAUGAGUGGGGGCAGUGGCACGAGUGGGGGCAGUGGCACGAGUGGGAGCACAACUUCUCUGGUUGAAGCUGCUGCUGGUGCCAAGGGUGCGGGGUCGGGUGGCAAGGUGGCCGGCAGCACUGAUGGGUCGGAUGGCGGUGUGCGUGGGUCGGGCGGCGGUGUGCCUUGCGCGGGCGGCGGUGUCCAUGUGGUGGGCGGUGGCAUGGAGGUGGCUAUCAAGCGGGCGGCUGCUGUGGAGCGAUCGACUAGUAUCGCCACCAUGUUUGAAGAGGAGGUGAAGGCGGUGUCCAAGUUGAGCCACAAGUACCUCGUGCGCCUCCUCGGCUACUGCAACGAGAACAACGAGCAGGUGUUGGUCUACGAGUAUGUGCGCAACGGCCCACUCAGUGACCAUCUAUACGCCAAGUUCCAAGGGCACUUGCUCACCUUUGAGGAGCGGCUGGAUGCAGCGCUGGGAUUGGCGGAGGGGCUCAGGUACCUGCACUGCCAUGCAGAGAAGCCCAUUGUCCACCGCGAUAUCAAACCUUGCAACGUGCUGCUCACAGAGGAGUACCAGGUGAAGAUAGCUGACUUCGGGCUGCUGAGGCUGCUGGAUGAUGGGGCGGCCAGAGAGGGCGCGUACACACGAGUGGCGGGCACGAGGGGGUACCUGGACCCGGAAUACAUGACGUGUGAGAAGGUGUCCACUGCGAGCGAUGUGUACAGCUACGGUGUGCUGCUACUGGAGAUGGUGACAGGGCGGCCAGCCACGGCCAGGGACCCGGAGGAUGAGUCCUGCCUUAUCCACAUCACAACCUGGGCGGUGCCAUACAUAGAGCGCGGGGAGGUGCGGGUGAUAGCGGACGCGCGCAUCGCCUCGCCGCUCAACCUGCCCUUUCUGCUGCAGAUGGCGCGCACUGCCGCCCACUGCGUGCAGCUGCCGUCCACGCGCCGCCCGGACAUGGCUGAGGUGGCACGCGUCAUGCUGGACGCCCGGAGAGGCUUCCAUGCUGCUGCCUCUGCUGCUGCUGCUGGCGCCGCUGCUCUUGCCGCUGCCGGUUCUGCUGGUGCUGCUGGUGGGCCAGGGGUGCAGGGAGGCAGACAGGGAGGGGUGGGGGGAGCGGCAGCAGCAGGAGGAGGAGGAGCAGGGGUGAUAGGUGGGGCUGCUGCACUGGCGGCGCAUGUAUCGAGAGGAAUAACGGCUGGGGCAAGGGCGCUGGGGGGGAAGGGGGACGCGCAAGGAGGGGAGGUGGGGAGGAGUGGGAGUGGGAGUGGCAGGAGCGGUAGUGGGCGUCUGGGAGGCAGCCUUAGGUUCAUGGAGAGUGAGAGCAUGAGGAGGUGGGUGCAGUACUUUGCAGGGGGUGGCGGUGCGAGUAGGAGAGACACUGAGAGCUUUGAGGAGAUUAUGCCGAGCAGUACACUGGAGAGCUCAGGGAGAGAGUGGAAUAGUGCAGCUGAGUCGGAAGUGUAUGUGCGAUAG